AUGAGUUAUGUUUAUUUUCAUACAAAUUUGAAUAAAUAUUUUAUAUUGCUGUAUCAACUAUUAACGAUGGAUUUCAAUUUGACAACGACUGUCAUAGAGCUUCGAAAGAUAGUAGCAUUUCUUAUUAUGAUUUCUGCCUAUAGUACCACUUACUUUCAACUGGAUUGUGAGCACAUAUCUGAUGAGAUGGAACUGUUCAUUGUGGAAAAAUAUACGAAGAAAACUAAGACGUAUGCAUAUGCUGUCAUAGUAUUGUUUAGCAUCUAUUUUAUUUCAAUAACAUCUUCAUGCAUCUUGAAUGUUCUUCUAUACCUCUUUGGUACAUUGGACAAUAAUCAAUUAACAUUACCCUUUCCCAUUAAUAAUUUUUCAAACUCUGGGCCUUUAUAUUAUUUUCUGCUUAUUUACCAAACUGGUGCAUUUUAUAUUGUGCUGAUAAUAGGCUGUGUGGUUUUUAUAUCAUAUUUGGUAGUAAUACAGCACGCAUGUUGUCUAUUUAGUAUUAUAAUAUUGAAAAUACAGCAACAAUUUACAAAUGAUUCAAAAUAUUUACAAAGAAGUUCGUUUAGUCAAAGACCUUGCCAAGAGUUUCAUUGGAUAGUAGACCUUAUAAAACGUUAUAGACAUGUCACGGAGUAUGUGGAUUUGAUAAACUAUUUUUCCAAUGUAAUUUACUUAAUUGUAGUUUUUCUUGGGAUGACCAUCGUUGUAAUUGAUCUCCUUUGUAUAUUUCAAAUAUCUAUAGUAUUACAAAAUGCCUCAAAAAUAAUCGAGUUCACUAUCUACGUUAUGGGUUCUAUAUUUACCACAUAUAUUAAUUUUUAUAUUGGCCAAGAGAUAUUGAAUUACAGCAAUGCAGUUUUUGAGGAAUUGUGUCAAAUUCCUUUCUACUUAUUGCCUAUAAAAACUCAAAAAAUAUUGUUAUUUAUGAUAGCAAGAAGUAUGAAGCCAUGCAUGCUUUCAAUCGGUGGAUUAUUCGUUUCAUCGCAUGAAGUUUUUUCUCAGACGAAUUUUUUAUUUUUAUAUGACAUGAUUGGCAUUGAAAGUUUGUUCGGGGAUUCGCUGAAAAGAAUUCAUGGACAAGUUAUGGGAAUUCAAGUCAAGAAAUAA